UACGAUCCUACAGUCAAGCUCUGGACAUCCACCUGGAAAGGCAGGUAUUCGACCUCGAGAAACCCAGUGUAGUGACAUGUAUUGUGUUUGAAAGUUCGAUUUAGUUUUAAUCACCGUAGUUAGAGUUAUUUAAUAAUAAUAUAGAGAAAAUAUUCUUGAAAUGGUGCCCAAGAUAUCCACUACGUCGAUGAUGCCGAUGUACCUGGGACUGAUUUUCAUUCUGACCGCAAUCCCUCUCGUCGCCGGGUCGAGAAAAUGCGAGGGUGGUGGGUUGGGACUGAAAUACGUGUGGGGGGACGCCCUUACCGAUCCUACCGACUGCAUAGGACCGAAUAACAUGCAAUAUCCCUCCGUAGCGAUUUCCCGAAGUUUCAAGGGUCUCUGGGCGGGAAGCAGCCGUUCUGGACGGGCCUACCAACCGCAAACCAUUGAUCCCGAACUGACCCGAAAAGCGUUGCUUCACAAUUACAAAGCGGUCCACGGAGAUUACUCGAUUGCCGCUGAAAAUUCCCGAGACGGUCGCGCCUUCUCGUCGCGAGAAUCGUGUAGAUCACCGGCCAGACUAUGCAAAACGAGAUACAACACUACCGCCCCGAUGUACGGAGUGAGUUUGACCAGCGGUCAACCUGUUACCAUCGUACAAAAGUUCCCGGAUCUAUUGCAGCAGGUUGUCUUCGAGGUUUGCGAGUCAAAGGAAUGCGACGUGGUCCACGGAGAGUGCACUCAAACCUACGUCCCGUACCUGUUUCUGGUGAUACCUUUGGGCCCCGUGACCCUCACCGGGCAGGAUUACGUGUUGGUCGAAAGCGGAUGUAUCUGCAAACCGAAGAACUCGGUGGCUGGUAGCUCUUCCGAGGCGCCAGUCGUUCCCAACUUUUAGAUACCCCGCUCUCUACCUCUGCAGUAGCCAAUCGUGUACAUGGUGUGAAAUUGCGACCGAAGGAAGAUCGUUGUUUUUUUUUAUUAUUUUAUUGUUUUUUUUUUUUUUUUUUUUUAAUUUUUUGUUUUUAUUUAUUUAUUUUUCUCGAAGAUCCCUUGACCUCUGUCUCUGGUAGCGCGAUUAACGGACAUAUGUAUAUACGCUGCCAUCGAAACACGGGAGAGUUGAUCGUUUCUACGACGUAGCGUCGAAGCAGAAUAUCACUGUAAAACACACGGCCGACAUCUACAGAUCCCGAUCGUAGGGUUCAUGAAAGAAUAUAGACUGGAAUGAAGCGGCGAGAUACGUGUAUAAAAAGUGAAUUUAGCCCGGAACCACUUCGUAGAAUCUGGUCUCGGAAUUCGAUCUGGUCAACCUGACCCGUUCACGCGCGUACGUCUCGGAGCCGGUUUCUCGCGAGGAUACACCGCGUCGCUUAUCAUACCUGUAAACGUAUGCGUAUACGUACGUACCAGUGUACGCGCCGUUGUAAGUACCUACAUACGCAGUGAUCGCGCGGCACUAAAUGAAACUGCGGCGAUCGUCCGAGAAGGUGCAAAGAACGUCGUUCGCUCGUUAAACUUGCGCGAUGCAACGUGACCGCGGCUUCGAUAUCUCCGGCGAUCCGGUUCCAUUUUUGGCAAUGCUGUGACUGAUGUAAUUCCAAAGUUCUCCUAUCGAUUUUGGGGUCGGAUGGGCGAAUCGACGGGAAAUCGACGGUUCGAUCGCAUCGCACGGAGUUGGUAAACGGAUAAAAAUAGGUAGCAAUUCACCCGGCGUCGAGGUGACUACCGUGCCUUCUUGACCCAGAAACCGUUGUUCAGAUCUCCCGCGUCACCGGUGUUCUUACAAUACUAUCGAAUUGUGCAUACCGAUUGGUGUAACGGUUAAACUUCCCGAGACGCGUGACUAAGAGGUGGAAAGAGAUUACAGGGAGUCGAGACUUGGUCAGGCGGACGUUUCAAUGGUACGGUACGGGUUCGGCCCCCGUGGCCGCCGUAGCUCCGGGGGCCAGGGCGACGAAGUGGGCAGCUAUCCUCGAUACACGCGAGGCCGAUCGUCCGCUUCUCGCCGGUAUUGAAAACCGGACCCGGCCGUCGCGCGUCCAUCGGAUACGUGGUACGACGCACCGGUAACACAAGCGAACGGACGAACGCUCGGUGACCGAAUGGACCGUACCGUGAAUUCCGAUGAGUGGAACGUACCGUUAUUUCAUUGCGGGAUUCACCUUACCUCGUUCACUCGCUGCGCGUUCGCUCCGCUCUUUUACAAGCAGAGCCGCUGAAGAAGUUAAAUAAACUACCAUCUGUGUACCUUAUGCCCAUGAAGCCGCGCACGAAUACGUACACGCGCUUCGUAUAAUUUCUUGGCGGUAGUUUAAAAGUUUAUGUAGGGAACAUCGAGGCACAAAAAUCAUUAUUGUACCUAUGCGUUCGUUGACUCGCCGCAUUGCCAUAUAAGUUAUAAUUGUUGGUUGUAACGGCGGAAUACAUUUCAGCUGGUGAGUUCUCCAGGAGACAGGAUAAAAUGAAACCCAACAGAUACGCCUGUUCUCGAAAGGCCUUCAAUCGUAUGAUUUGUGUUAGAAAAAAAAAAAAUUACGCAAUUGCAAAUAACUUGUGCUUCUACCAAUGGCAAGGUUCUUACGCACGUGACAGGUGUUAUCGCAAUUCAAGUUUAUCCAUGCGGAAAAUUGAGGGUGAAUAAUUGUAUGCGUGCAUGCCAUCGCACCGAUCAAGUACUGCUAAUUGUGAGACGAUCCGUGGUGAAUGUGAUAAAAUUUGAUCGACUCGGAGGCGAAAUGCGAGCACUUUCUAUUUUUUUUUUUUUUUCAAUACAAUAAUUUGAUUCGCCAUCGUAAUCACCGGUGAUUUUUACAAAAAUUGUUCCACCUUCAGAAGAUUUAAUUCGUAAUUCGUGCAAGAUUCGUUCAUCUCUAAUUAUAAUUUAUGACUGUUGUAUUUAGAAUUAAUUGAUAAUUUAUUAAAAAAUAGGUAAUGUAUAAA